GGCGCAAUGGGACCCUGCAGAAGGAGCAUAUGACAAGAGUUGGACUGAGACAUACGUCCCACGGUUGCACAGCCUCUCUUGAACGUGCCUUGUCUACCCAAAGUUCAUGACGCGUUGAACGCCUAGCUAAUCCCUGAAACUCGACGAUUCUCGAUAUGGAUCAUCACGAACUAGUAGCGCUAUCGACACAUGCGAACUCCCGGACGCAUUUGGCACCAUGUUCAGCUUUACAUAAUUCGGCGAUAAGUCUCUUUCAAUCAUCUCUAGAGUUUAGAUUUAAGCGAUUUGGGUUUAAUGAUCCUCGGCCACAUUCGAUAAUGUUUGACGUUGUGCGAGGAUCAUGGCGUUUCAAGCUAGGACGCGGUGGUGGCGCUGGGUGUGGUGCGGAAGCGAUGCAAGAUACAAGCAUGUACGACGGGCGCAGAUCGAUUCAGCACGGGGCACCACCAGUCACUCAUUUCACGAAGGGUUCAAAUCGAACCAAGACUUCCCUUAUGGGCGGAGCGGGACGACUUGUGGAACGGAUCGUCGUCCAAACUUCGAUACCAGAGCUUGCUCACACUUAUUAUGCCUAUCGGCUCGGGAGAGCAGGGACAGUACCGCUUCUUCUCGCCGAGGUGUGUGUGUGCCCAUAACCAUUGUGCAGGGAAGCAAGUCCCGGAACGACAGAAUCGCGUCGUUGUUUGUUGAUGUCGCUCAGCUGCCUGGCGUCGUAGUCUCCCAAACCUUCCACCUUAACAAGGCUUGCGACAUAUCCGCAUUGGCGGUUUUGGGCAUAUAGACUAGCGGCAGCAAUAACAUGACAGCAACAGGUUUUUUCUCAUCCCCCGCCGAAGCAAACUCGGAUUGCGCAUUAUCCCCAUGUUUGCAAAGAUUGG